CACCAUGCUUAAUUUCUCAUUCCAGCAGCGAAAUGACUGAGCAGAGGCAGUGCUACCUUUCAAGUUUACGCAGGUUAGCAGCCGAGUUGGCCGAGCAUUGCCCGGCCAAGUUGGGGAGGACGUGCCACAUUGUAAAGAACCUUCCUCUCACGAAUGCGCUGCUGAACAAAUUGAACGUCGAAGUGGAAGAGUUCACGCCUGGCAAGCUCUCUCUCUGCCAGGCACAGCCCAUUGGCAGCAGGAUAAAAGAUUCCGAAGAUAUAUAUGUGGAAGAAAGUAUAGCCUUCCUCUAUACCUUGCUUCUGAAGCACGGCUGCAUAGACUCUGUUGAGUUCAAGCCUCACUUGAGGCAGGAGCCGGUGCAGCUCAUCACCAAUGCCCUGUUUGAAAACAAAUCCCUGACCUGCCUGCGGGUGCACCAUGCGUACCUUAGCGAACAGGCCACGUUGUCCCUGUUUGCCGCCGUGCGCCAGUUGCUGAGCCAGCAGCUGCGUGAGCUGUCCCUGGAGAAACUCAAUAUUUCGUGCUUGCCGCAGACACUAGAGGGCUUCAGAGAAGCACUUGCCAGGACGAAGAGCCUCGAGAGAUUGACACUCCUGAACAUCCGUGAACGUGCCCACGCAUGGAUGAAUGCCUUGAACGUGGGUCUGACUGGUCUGCUGGCUAACAGCAGCGUCACCAGCCUGAAAAUGGACACUAGCUACCAGUACUACCACGACGGGUCUAAAGUACUGAAUGACUUUCUCGCCAACACGGUUACCCUUGCCGAGCUGCACGUCUACUGCAGUUCUGACUGCAGUUCCGAUCGCUCCCUGGACUCGGUCUUCGAGGCACUGGCGACAAACCGAACCGUGAAAAGGCUCACCCUCCGCAAAUUCUCCGUGAAGGACAUGAAGCCGUUCAGGCAGCUCUUAGAUGUCAACAAAAUCCUAGAAGAUGUGAGCUUCUAUGCCUCUCCCCACGCCGGGAUAGAGAAGACACCUGCCAGUUGUCAGGUGCCCGAGCAGCACGUGCAGACCAUAGUUGAGGCACUGAAGAGGAGAACAAGCCUGCGCCGCUUGGCCCUUGACUGGAAUUGCACACCCAGCACAGUUUAUCGUCUUCUGGUGGCGUCUUCUGGUUCCCCCUCGCUCAGAGAGCUGCACCUGGGCGAGGUUAUUGUCGACUACAUCGACUCUUUGCGUUGGGCAUUCAUCAACGUGCGGACGGAUGUCGCUGUGACCGCAGCGAGAUGUAUUUCUACCAACGGCACCUUGAAUGAGCUGAUUCCUUUCUGGACGUCACAAGACAAAGAGAGCUGUGUACACUGUCUGUACAGCGUGAACCUGAAAGACGUGAGCCGUGCGCUUUCUUCACACCGCGGGGACUACCUGACUUCUCUUAGUGUUGUGCUCGGCAAGCAUUCCACCUUGACCACAGUCCACGCGCUCGCACUCUACCUGGCCUCUACACAUAAGCUACAGGAGCUCCAACUGCGGCUUGAAAGUGUACCGCAGAAUUUACAGCAAGUGCUCUUCGCAGGCUUCCAGAGGAACGUCAGCCUUGAACGUCUGUGCAUUUUCGGGACUGAGAACCUUUGCAUCCCUGAGAACAUGCAGCAAGUGCUGUUCUCCUGGAUGGCAGAUAGCAAGCGGCUCUACAGCAUCAACGUGAAGAUGCACUGUUACGACACUAAGCAUAUGCUGGAGGUGCUUGCCUCGUCUCAACACCGAAAUCAUGUCCUCACGUCUCUGGCCUUUAGUAAAACUUGGGCCGACCAGUCGGUCCUCGAGACCAACCUCAAAAUGGUGAGUCUGGCAACGAUGGUGCCACAAUCUGAAAUCAUUCGGGCGGACAGUGCAAAGAUCUGUCAGCGUGGCAUGAAUGUGGAACCUGAGUGUGACUUCUGUAGUUUCAAUGCGUCAGAUCUGCUGUUGCGAAUUUGUAAAACACUGUUGUGUCACUCAUGCCACUGA